AUGAUCAUCGAGCCUCAUCUCUGGCCGGUGUUCGACCAUCUGCCAGUUGACUGGGGCACCUUUGGACGUUAUUCUCGUCGCGGAUGGUACUUCUCCGACAGAGGCGAGUCACAUCGACGUUACGGCCCUAUGUGGGCUAUAGUAACGCCGGUUGACGUAUACAUCAACAUCGCCGAUUCUGAAGCUAUCCAUGACAUUUUUCAGCGUCGGACGGAUUUCAUCCGCCCUAGUAAAAUGUACAAGGUGCUUGAGGUGUACGGGCCUUGUAUCUCCACAGCUAGCUGGACGGACUGGCCGCGUCAUCGGAAAGUGCUGGCCACUCCUUUUAACGAAAAUAUCAUGUCCUUUGUGUGGGAUGAAAGUCUCGAGCAAAGUAGCCAGAUGCUCGAUAUCUGGGCUGCCCCAGACAUCAAUCAGAUCCCUAGCAUUGCGAAAGAUACUCGCACACUCUCGCUGAAUGUUCUUGCUGCCACGGGAUUUCGCAAGUCAUAUCCGUUUCGUAGCGCCAAUGGCCGUCAAGAGGAGAAAAACCAAGAGACGGCAAACUACCGUGAUGCCCUACAGACUGUGCUCGACAAUUGUAUCUUAUUGAUGAUAGCGCCACGGAAAAUGCUGACUCUCUCGUUUGCUCCUAAGCGCUGGCAUAUUCUUGCAAAGGCUGCCGAUGAUUUCAAACAUUACAUGGUCCGUAUGCUAAACGAGGAGACCAAGGCAUUGAACGAGGGAAAGACCGGCUCUGGCGGUCUCAUGACAUCUUUUGUGCACGCAAUGGAUCUUAGACAAAAGGAAGACACGAUGAAAGCAACAGACAAAUCGCCGCGAAAAGGACUUACCUCAAUCACCGUCACAAAAGGCCGCUAUGCCGAGCUCUUCCCCAGACUUACCCGCUGCAAAGCUGUUAUGCUUAAAACUCUCCGUCAUUUCCCUCCUAUACCGUCUCUACCGAAAUGGACUAGUGAUCAGCUUCAAGCGCUAAGGGUAGGUGAGAAAACCGUGAUAAUUCCUCCAAGCGUAGGGAUUAACCCAAGCAUCCUCACCAUGCACAUUCAUCCUCAACAUUGGGAGGACCCGCUAGCCUGGAAGCCCUCGCGGUGGGUAACAAUAUCUAAAGAGGUAGACGCAGCGACUACGAUGAAUACGAGGAAAUCGUCACUCCGCCCCGUUGUGGAGUUUGUCGCAGUAAUGGCGAAUCUGUUUCAUGAUCACCGGAUUUGCGCUAUCCAGAACGCCGGUGAAACGCCUGAACAGACGCGCGAGAGGAUCUUAGCCACCACGAGGGAUGUGGAUCUGCAGCUGCUGCUUCGGAUGAGAGAUGCAGAUCAGGUGCGCUUGAUGUGCAAGCGGAUGUAG